GUGCUCGUGAGCGAGCUACGCAGUCCGCUUUGAGCAUUCUAUUAGAUGUUUAUAUUUGGAGCUGUUCGCGAUUGUUAUAAAGCUGAACCUCUUGAGGAUGUGGAAUGCGCUUAAAUGAACUUAAUACGCGCACUUUUGUUCAAAGUACGGGCAGCUCUCGUGGAAGCUCCUUUCGAGUGAUUGCGUGGCUUGUAUUGCGGCACAAUGAGGAUUAAUAGGUAUAAGCGGGCACAGAAGAAUUUGGCGUUUUACUUGAGGCAUUUUCAACUAGGCGAGAAAUCACGGUAUUUUGUACUUACUGAUGGGACGUUUUGCCAGGCAGCUUUGCGGCACAAAAUUCAUAUUAAGGAACAAAUUGACAAGUAUUUUCGAACCGAAGUUACACUCUGCACCACACAAUGUGCUGUCGUGGAAACCCAAAAAUUAUCAAUUCUAAACGGUGCUCUACAGAUUCUUAAGAAUUUCCGAGUGGAAAAAUGCCCGCACACGAAGCCUGUUGCUGCAUCGAAGUGUCUCCUUGAUAUGGUGCGUGAAGGAAACCCUAGGAAUUUUUUCGUGGCGACUCAGGAUCCAGAGCUUGCCGAAGAAAUCCACAAAUUAAUAGGUAUUCCGCGUUUGAAGUUGCACAACGCAAUCACUCUGGAAGAUCCGGCAUCUGCUACAGUCAACUAUGUCGCUAAGCAGUGUCGCAGUGCUACUGAUCUCACCGAGAAUCAACUUAAGACAAUCAGUCAUCUUAAGAAGAAGAUGAACAUAGAUGAUUCUUUAAAAAAGGUUAAACGCCUUAAAAAAAAGCCUAAAGGUCCAAAUCCGUUGUCUUGUCUUCCAAAAAAGAAAAAAUCAGCAACUGCAGCUCUAAUUAAUGAUCCGUCGGCUGAUUCGGAGGGUCCGAGAUCUCUGAGCAAAGCGGCACGCAGAAAAAUGCGCCUGAAAAGACUUAAGAUUACUAGAUCCCAUACGGAGUCUGACUGACCUUAGUUUGGUGAAUAACGCGAGUCCUGGUAUCGUUUUAUCAAUGCAAAUAAUUUAACCUAUUUUUCGAGGUAAAAUGUAAUAAAAAAGCUUACACAGUUCAGCUGCAAAAAUGUGUUUGUAUGCUAUCUUGUUUUGUGUGUAAAUAAAGGAAAAAUAUUCAAAAGAUGCUGGAAGUGCUACAAGAUAAACUCUAUUUAUUUUCGCGUUCUUCAUAGUUUAACUACAGGUGAGCCAGGGAUAUCGACUUAUAUUUUAACCGAUAUGAACUAGAUACCAAAACUUGUAAAUUUUUUUCGAUAUAUUCAUUGUUGCGUCUGAGGUUAUUUAUGUGAAAGAUCCCGUUCAUCAACGAAAUGCGUCGGAUUGCUUGACCUCACUAAACUGUUGAAGCAUUAAAAGGCUCGUUGAGAAACGAAAUACUCGGUAGCCAUAAGCUAAAUAUAAAGCUGUCACUACGCUAUUUUUGUGUCACUGAUUGAAAAGCACAGUUUCCUAAAGGCAAGGUUCAGAGGUCGUCCUUUCUUUCAUAUUGUUUUUUAAUUUUAAUAAAAACGUGGAAAAAAUCCAGAAAUAAUAAAUAGCUUCAAAUUCAAAAGGAAAAGAAUUCAAAAGAAGCAAAUCAGACGUAUUACACAGGUCAUUAGCUUUAUGUGAAUAACAUAUAAACGACAUAAA